AUGCGGCUUGGCAACAAGUAUUGGGCAAGAGUCCAUCGUCUGGACGGAGUCUGUAGUAGCAAAGGGCACAAGGUUGCCGUUGUUGACGUCUCAGCUCAUCGGUUGCCAUCGUGCCUCGGGUCUAGACGACCCGAACGACGAGAUCCUCUCCGCCGCGGAGGCUUGGAUUCUUGCAGUCUCGGCGUCUCGGAGCUCGGUAUCGAAGUUUUGCGGUCAUCAGAUGGUGUGUUGGUUGGUUGCUGCCGUCUGGUUCUUAUCUGA